AUGAGGUAUAUUGCACAUAUACUUAACUUGGUUGUGCAAGAUGGUUUGUUGAAAGCUAAAAGGCAGAGUAUGGCUAUAACUCGCUCUUUAUAUGUGACAACCAAUCUUGUUUCCAAAGAAAUCGGUGCAAUAUCUAUGUUGCUUACUACGUGGUUGAAUAGUGAUGAUUUUGAACUAAGUGAGAUAGCAAAAGAAAUGAAGGAGAAGUACGACUUGUAUUGGGGGCCAGUUCACAAAAUGAACAGGAUUAUAUAUUAUGCGGUGAUUCUUGAUCCACGUCGUAAAUGGGGUUAUAUGGAGUUUUCAUUUGACAAGAUGUACUCUUCUCUAUCGACGCCGAUGGGUCAGGUUGUAAAUCCAAUGCGUGGGGAAAUGAAACAAGGAGUUUUCCAAAAUUUUAAAGAGUUGUUUGACGAGUAUGUUCGAAACCAUGGUGGUGCGGUCCGAUCAAGUUCCGGUCAAAUAGCAAUCAAUGAGAGUUCACUUCAGAGCUCGAGUCGGGAUGGUUUAUGUGACCUGGAUGAUGAGUUUGAGAAGUCCAAGAAAGGAAAAGAUAAAAAAGAAAGGUACGAGUUAGUUAAGUACUUGAAUGAGGAUUGUGAGCACGGUGGGCCAGACUUUGAUAUCUUGAAGUGGUGGAAAGUAGAAGCUCAUAGGUUUCUAAUUCUUUCUAAGAUGGCUCGUGACAUUCUAGCAGUUCUAGUCUCUACCGUUGCUUCAGAGUCUGCAUUUAGCACGGGAGGACGAAUUCUUGACGCUUUUAAGAGCUCUUUAUCUCCUAGAAUAGCUCAAGAUCUUGUUUGUACUCAGGAUUGA